GGCGAGGCCGAGGGCGGCGGCGCGGGCCAGUCGCCGGCUCCCGGGGGCGCCGGCGAGGGGCCCGCGGGGGAGGCCCCGCGGGCCGAGGCCGCCGAGGGCGUCGGCCGCUCCGCGCGGCCGCACAAGUCCCUGGCCACGACGACCGCGACGGUCACCACGGCGGCCACGUCCAGCUCCGACGAGGACGAGGACAGCGAGGCGGACGGCGAGGGCUGCCCGGCGGGCGCGGCCGCCGCGUCCCGGGCGCGGCGCGCGGAGCUCCGGGCGGCCCUGGAGCAGGCGCAGGGCUCCGGGGCAGACCCCGGCGCGGCCGUGGGGGCCCCCGCGACGGCCCUCGGCAGGCUGCUCGCGGGCGUGGGCACCGAGGCCGACAUGGAGACCUUGGACGAAAGGGAGCGGAAGGCGCUGGCCGAACAGCAGCUGCUCCGGGAGGAGAUCAGGCGGCUCGACCUGGAGGGGAUCGAGGCCGUGGCCUACGUGCUGAGGGCGAAGCUCGGUAGCUACAAGAGGAAGGCGUUCCGUUACUUCGACGUCGCGAACCAGGAGUGCUUCACCAUGAUGGCGUGGGACUUAGGCAUGACCAUGCUGCGAAUAAACAUGGAAGGUCUGACCGGCAUACCUGCCACGCGCGUGUUCCACCAGAUGAACACCACGAAGGACAGCACCGUGUCUUGGAGGGAAUGGAAAGAUUUCUUCAAAGACGUCAGGCAAGAAACUUUUGACAAGAUGGAUGCUAUGAGCGCCAAAUCUAUAGAGGAGCGGGCCGUGAAACAGCAGAAGAAGCUACUGGAGGCCAUUCAGGAGAAUUUGCGGACGCGCUCUGCGAAACAGCACCGGGUGGUGCAGAAGACAAUGUCAAGACAGGUCUCUGAAGAUGCCGAAUCGGCUGUUUCAGAAGCUAGGGAAACAAGGCCAAGGAAGUUGACAGGGGGCAACUCGACAAACGAUGCGGUCGACGGUGCCCACAAGGCGGAUCGCCGCAGUUCGAGUCUGCCUCAGCACCCAACGAGCAAGCACGGCAAGCGGGGUGCAGCUCAGCCGGCGGACGGCCCCGAGCAUGGCGCCUGGGAGGAGCAGCUCUCGAAGAUGCAGGACAACGAGUGCAAGAGAUACGCAGGACUGAGCAGCCAGGCGGUCAAGGGCAUCAGGGACGCCUGCCACAACAUCGGCUUCACCCUCCACGAGAGCGGCGCCGAAGGCUCCGUCGACGUGUACAACUACAGGGCCUUCGCCGACGCCGUGCGCGCCCGGCUAGGCGGCCUGGGCGUCGGCGAGUCCGCCGAGUUCGGCGACGAGCUGAACGAGGUGCAGCGCGGCCUCGUGCGCCAGAUCGCAAAGGAGCUCGGUCUCCGUGCCGCGGACCGUGACCUCGAACAGGGUAAGUGCCUGGUGGUCACCAGCAAGAAGGCGCUCGACGACUUCGCGAAGGUCGUCGAGAGGGAGCUGCGCGCGCUGGAGGACGGCGCGAGCAAGGAGUUCGGGCCCGGCCUCACGGAGCAGCAGUGCGCUGUGGUCCACGCUAUCGCCGCCCGCCUGGAGCUCGCUGCCGUGGACGCUGGGCCCGGGAGCGUUGCCGUCGGGAACGUCCGGACGUUCUCGGCGAGAGUGAGGAACAGGCUGCGGGCCCUGGAGCCUGGCGGCAAGGCCGAGUUCAGGUGGUUGACGCGCGUGACGAGCCACGCAGUGCGCGCGAUCGCCGCCGAGAUGGGGCUGCACUCGGAGGACGUCGAGCCUGCGGGCGGCGCCGAGGGGGGCGGUGGCGGCGGCGAUGCCUGCGUCGAGGUGCACAGGCUGCAUGAAGGGCCAGGAGGGCAGCCGCCCUCAGCGGCCGAAGGCGGCGCGGCCGCGGGGGCGGCGCCCCUCAGCGGCGGCCCGGCGGCCGAGGGCGCCAGCGCGGCGGCGGCGGCGGAGGGCGGCGCCGCGGGCUGGCGGCAGCACGGCGCGCCGACGGGCGAGGCCGCCGCGGGCGAAGGCAGCGGGGACCAGAUCAGAAGCCAGCAGAAUCUCAUCGAGAACCUAUUUGACACCUUGGCCACCGGCAGCUUCCAGGGGCAGAGGAUCUUCCUGCGAUUUCCCGACUUAGGGGUGCUUGUCUCAGAGCUGAACUCGAGCCUUGCCAACGCUGUCAGCACGUUCAAGAAGUACGAGAAAGUGCUGGAAACUACGUUCAAUGACACACUGCAGCUGCAGAUUGACAUGGAUGUUCGAACCAGUAAGGGCCUGACAUUCCGAUGGUUUCAGGUGUUCAUGCAGACCGCCAUGAAGAAGAUCGGGCACUCCGCCCUCGCUUUCCUUUUCACGAUCAGCAGGAAGGCAGCAUAAGAAGGCUGACGUGGACCUCUUACUGCAGACGUGUCCGUGGAUGCCAGUGAAGGACUGUAGGAGGACUGCUGGAGGGCUGGG